UUACUUCCGCUUAGCAACCAGUGCGCGAGACAAACUUGCUUAGCAACGGGAAAUAUGGCAGACGAGCGGCAUAAGAUUCGACGGACCAAACGGAUUUUUAUAAACCAAAUAGAUUCAUACUCGUCCAAACAUAUCGCCAAGUAUCUGUCCACAUGUUCUGCUGGAGACUCCUUUGAAGAAGAGCCUGGAACAGGAGAGCGCUUUCAGAUUGUAGGGACUGUUAUCAGUAAAGAUGAGAAAAGGAGAAGGUUUGCUCUGGAAGAAUACUCGGCCUUGAAGCGAGACGAGCUCCUACAACACCUGAUGGAUUGUGACGUUAUUGUGUACAACAUCUCAGAAGAUGCUGAAGAGAUUGAUGAAGCAACCUGGGCUGUUUCAGCCCUCCACAGUGAAACUGAACACUUUACAUUUCCCAAGAUGUUCAUUUUGGUGUCAACGUUGAUGACUUGGGCAAGGACUAAACCAGCUGAUCCUGAUCUUCCUGAAAUUCCAGUGAAGGAAGAAGACUACACACGGAAGAGGCCACAUCCAAACUUCAGAGAACACGCUAGUGCAGAGAAGCUCGUGUUGAAAUUGGGGAAAAUGCAAAAGACCAAGCUGCGCACUUACGUUGUCGGUGCAGGCAUGCAGUACGGCAUGGGAGAAGGCAUCUUCCACUUCUUCUUUAAGGCAUGCUGGCUUGGUGAGAUGAGGAGCAUCCCUAUACCGGAGCCAAGCACUAAUGUCCUUCCUACCAUCCAUGUCCACGAUCUGGCUGGCAUAGUGCAAAACGUCAUCGAUCGCAAACCCAAAACGCACUACAUAAUCGCUGUGGAUGACUCCCACAAUUCUUUGGAAGAAAUUGUAAUGGCCAUUGCACAUGUGCUGGGUUAUGGAGUGGUUCAGGAAGUCCCUAAUGACAGUGAGCUCCUCACAAAGGAAUUUACGCGAUCCGAUCUAGCUUGCCUAAGUGUAAACAUCCUCAUCGAGACAGUUCUGCUGAAGAUGCGGCUGAACGUGCGCUGGGUGUGUGAAUCUGGACUUGUUGAGAACAUCGACCGUGUUGUGGAGGAGUACAGACAGACCAGACGGCUUCUACCGAUCAAGAUUUGUCUCCUCGGUCCGCCAGCGGUCGGGAAGAGUUCUGUCGCAGCACAACUGUGUAAACAUUACAAACUCCGUUAUAUUGGCGUCACGGAGGCGGUUGAGGAGAAAAUAAAACAUUUGGAGGAAAUGCUUCAACAGAGCAAGGAGUUUAAUGACACUGCGGAAACUUUACAGGCGAUUCAGGAACAGCUCAGCACUCUGAAGCAUGUUCGUUCCCAGACUCAAGGUCAGCCUGAAGACCAGAAUAUUUUGCGCCUCAUCAAAGAGAAGCUUUACUCAAAGCCUUGUAGAAAUCAGGGGUUUGUUUUGGACGGUUACCCCUGUACACACGAGCAAGCUAACAAACUUUUCAGUGAUGAGGAGAAGGACCCGGGGAACUCCAGAUCUCAUUUACUGCCACACGAUGAAAAGAUAAAACCAGAGUACGUCUUUUCACUCGAUGCUACUGAUGAGUUUCUGAAAGAACGAGCCCGGAACCUUCCGCAGUCCGUAGCGCAGGAGAUGCACUACACCCAGGACGAGUUUCUGCAGCGACUGUCCAUGUUCAGAGAUGCAAACAUGGGGGAAGAAACGGUGCUCGAAUAUUUCGAUGAGCUGGAGAUCCACCCUGAACACAUCGAGAUCAACAGCGUGAAUGACCCUGAAAAUGAAGCUGUGAUUAAGAAAAUAAUCGAGGUGGUGGGAGUGCCGAGGAACUACGGCCCGACAGCUGAGGAACAGGCGGAACAGGAGAGGAAGCAAGCUGUGGAGAAGCAGCAGCGCAUCAUGCAGGCCACAGCCGAGCGUGUACUCAGAGAGGCCGAGGAGGAGGCCAGGAUGACUGCUCUGCUGGAGGAAUGGAACAGGAACAUGAUGAAGGUGAAAAAGCAGGAGGAUGAGUUACUGGAGGCACGAUCUCUUCCACUGAGACACUACCUGAUGAAGUAUGUCAUGCCCACUCUCAGAAACGGGCUUGUGGCGUGCAGCCAGGUGAACCCUGAUGAUCCCAUCGACUUUCUGGCUGAAUAUCUUUUACGAAACAACACAGAAGACUAGUCUGCCCUUCACUGGACCUCCAAUGUUUUAAUUUAAUUUAACACAACACAAUUUCUUUUCCUUCGGCAAAUAAAUAAAUAAAUAUAAGCUUUGUCCCAAA